AUGUCGCAAAUCUGGUUUGCUCUGGCGGCUUCUCUGACCGUGUUUAUGACGUCAUUCAACGGGGUGCACGCUCAGUCGAUCACGGACGUUGAACGUUUAUUCAGUAACUUAAUGGUGGGUUACAGCAAAAUGUUCAGGCCUGUGUUGAAUCAGUCGAAACAGGUCAUAGUAGUACCUGGGUUGAAUAUCGUCUCUAUUCAAGAUUUUAACGAAGUCGAAGAGAAAAUAUCAUUUACUGCGCUAUUGUAUCUCGCAUGGAAUGAUGAGCGACUGGUUUGGGACCCGAAGGACUACGGCGGUAUUGAUAAUCUCUAUAUUGACGUCAGCAAGAUUUGGGCUCCGCAAUUGAUGCUUACGAAUGUUGUUAAUAAAAAUGAACGUUUGUCUGAGGACUGGCAUACAGUGAGAGUCAAUGCGUCAGGGUUGUGCUUGUAUACUAUAGCCAACGUGUUUACAUCAUCGUGCGACGUCGAUGUCACUUUCUAUCCCUGGGAUACGCAAACAUGCAGCCUUGACUUCAUGCCGGCAAACUACAGUGUCGAUAAGAUGAUUCUAUAUCCAAUAUAUCACAAAGUUGAAUUGACCUACUACUCGCCUAAUGGCGCCUGGGAUCUCAUGGACACAAGCGUUACAUCAGAGCUUUACAGCUUCAUGGUUAGGUUCAAUGUCGUGUUAGAGAGAAAGCCCCGAUUUGCGAUAGUGAAUGUGAUACUUCCAUUGAUAAUUAUGUCCGCGCUGAAUAUCCUGGUCUUCCUGAUCCCUACAGAGUGCGGGGAGCGCAUCUCCUUUUGCCUUACGGUGCUGCUGUCUAUUGCGGUUUUCCUGACGCUUGGUGGAGACAACCUUCCGAAAAACUCGAAUCAGAUGUCGCUGUUUAGCUACUAUCUGGUGUCGGUGCUCGCCAUCAGCGCCGCCAUCACACUUGCCGUCAUAUGCAGCUUGCACGUGUACCACAGAAGUGAAAAGCAACAGCCAGGAGGCGCGUGGAGGGCCAUCGCUAUGUGUUUAGGGUGCUACUGUGUACGGCGGACAGGGUCAGAGAGUGCGGAUAGGACUAAUCGCAGUGACGAAAUCAAGUUUGCUCGACCUGAAAACGCUUCCCAUAGAUCUUCCCACGGCAUGCAUUCAAUCCCGUAUUCGAGCCACACUAAUCGUGGUGUAAUACUGUACCGACCUACACAUAGUUACGGGACUCUGCCUUCAGAUCGUCCCGAGGACAAACCCCUUCACAAGCAAGAAAAGGACGACAGUGAUAGCUCAGUCUUGGAAAUCACAUGGGCAGAUGUGAGCGUUGCCUUGGAUAAAGAAACUCUGACGGAUUUCCCAUCGAGGUUUGAAGACAGCCCGAAGAAAAUACUCAGCUCUACUGAAGAACAAACGAUGAUGCCAAUCUGGGUUGCUUUGGCGUCUACUCUUACCGUGUUAAUGACGUCAUUCAACGGGGUGCCCGCUAAGACGGUUACGGACGCUGAGCGUUUAUUCAGUGACUUAAUGGUGGGUUACAGCAAAAUGUUCAGGCCUGUGUUGAAUGAGUCGAAUCUUGUCGUAGUGUCCACAUGGUUGGAUCUCAUCUCUAUUCAAGAUUUUAACGAAGUCGAAGAGAAAAUAUCAUUUACAGCGCUUUUGUACCUCGCAUGGAAUGAUGAGCGACUGGUUUGGGACCCUAAGGACUACGGCGGUAUUGAUAAUCUCUAUAUUGACGUCAGCAAGAUUUGGGUUCCACAAAUGAUGCUGACGAACAAUGUAAAUAAAAAUGAACGUUUGUCUGAAGACUGGCAUACAGUGAGAGUCAAUGCGUCAGGGGUUUGCGUGUAUUAUAUAGCCAACGUGUUUACAUCAUCGUGCAACGUCGACGUCACUUUCUAUCCCUGGGAUACGCAAACAUGCAGCCUUGACUUCAUGCCGGCAAACUACGGUAUCGAUAAGAUGAGUCUAUAUCCAUUAAAUCACAAAGUGCAAUUGACUUACUACUCACCUAAUGGCGCCUGGGAUCUCAUGGACACAAGUGUUACGUCAGAGGCUUACAGCUUCAUGGUUAGGUUCAAUGUCGUGUUAGAGAGGAAGCCCCGAUUUGCGAUAGUGAAUGUGAUACUUCCAUUGAUAAUUAUGUCCGCGUUGAAUAUCCUGGUCUUCCUGAUCCCUACCGAGUGCGGGGAGCGCAUCUCCUUUUGUCUGACGGUGCUGCUGUCCAUUGCGGUCUUCCUGACGCUCGUGGGAGACAACCUUCCGAAAAACUCGAAUCCGAUGUCGCUGUUUAGCUACUAUCUGGUGUCGGUGCUCGUCAUCAGCGUUGCCAUCACACUCGCCGUCAUAUGCAGCCUGCACGUGUACCACAGAAGUGAAAAGCAACAGCCGGGAGGCGCGUGGAGGGCCAUCGCUAUGUGUUUAGGGUGCUACUGUGUACGGCGGCCAGGGUCAGAGAGUGCUGACAGGACUAAUCGCAGUGACGAAAUCAAGUUUGCUCGACCAGAAAACGCUUCCGAUAGAUCUUCCCCCGGUAUGCAUUCAAUGCCGUAUUCGAGCCACACACAUCGUGGUGUAAUACUGUACCGACCUACACAUAGUUACGGUACUCUGCCUUCAGAUCGUCCCGAGGACAAACCCCUUCAGAAGAAAGAAAUGGACGACAGUGAUAGCUCAGUCUUGGAAAUCACAUGGGCAGAUGUGAGCGUUGCCUUGGAUAAAGCUAUCCGGUUCAGUGCUCGCUCUGAUACUUCCAUUGAUAAUUAUGUCCGCGUUGAAUAUCCUGGUCUAUCUGAUCCCUACCGAGUGCGGGGAGCGCAUCUCCUUUUGUCUGGCGGAGCUGCUGUCCAUUGCGGUCUUCCUGACGCUCGUGGGAGACAACCUUCCGAAAAACUCGAAUCCGAUGUCGCUGUUUAG